CCCCUCUUUCCUAAAUUCUUGAUAAAUUGAAUCCUGAAAUCAAGAACUUGUUUUGAUACAUCAAUGGCCAUUUCUUCGUCUUCUUCUUCUUGGUCCGAUAUGCCCAACGGGCUUCUCGAGCAAAUAUUGAGCCGUCUAAAUAAUUCAUUAGAUGUUUUUCGGUGUUGCAAUGUCUGUACUUGUUGGAGAUCAGUAGCGACCCGAUUUUAUUGGGAUCAAAUUCAUUUUCCAUUGCUUCUGAUACUACACAGAGAUGAAGAAAUGGGCAGUUUGUGCGAUAUUUUGACAGGAGAAACACAGGAAAUUUUUCUACCAAAGACAAAAGAUCGGUUGAUUUGUAAUUCAACAAAUGGGUGGUUACUAACAAUAGGCCAUUCUUCACCAUACAAGGUAAAUCUCUGGAAUCCAAUUUCAAGAACUGAAGUCUUGCUUCCAUUAGCAAGUAAAUUCCCUAAAUUCAAUUGCCAAAGAAUUAAACAAAUUGAGGGUUUUGUAAAGAGGUGCAUUACAUCAUCAUUAAGCCCUUUAGAUCCAAAUUGCAUUGUUUUGGUCAUUUAUGGACUGGAUUUAGAAAGGAAAUUAGCCUUCUGCAGACCAGGGGAUGAAGAAUGGAAAUCUUUACAGGAUUUGCAGGAAGUUUCUUUUGAUGAUAUUAUGUUCUUUAAGGGUCAAUUUUAUGCCACUGAUUUGCAGGAAGUUUCUUUUGAUGAUAUUAUGUUCUUUAAGGGUCAAUUUUAUGCCACUGAUAUUAAAGGCAAAAUUUAUAGUUGUGAUCUUGGACCAAAUCCAAAGACAGUUAUAGCUCUUGAACCUCCAUUUCAUCUUUACCCAAAGGAAAAGUACAUAGUGGAGUCAUUAUCUGGUGAUUUCUUGAUGAUUAAUAGAAAAUGGGAGUGGAUAAUUGAUGAUGAUGAUGGUGGUGGUGGUAGAGAAGAAAUUGUAGCAUCAUUUGAUGUGUAUAAAGUUGAUUUGGGUACUAAAGAAUUGAAAAAGAUUGAAACUUUGGGGAAUGAAGCGCUGUUUCUUGGUUAUAAUGGUUGCAUAUCAGUAUCAUCAUCGAAAACAGGGAAUAAUAUGAGACCAAAAGGAGCAGAACUUCCAAGAUCUAAUUGCAUAUACUACAUUCAUGAUUCCUUUGAAGGACUUUCUGAUGUUUGGUGUGGAUUUAAGCGUGCAAGCAUGUAUGAUUUGGAAAGUAGUCGCAUCAAACGGCUAAGAACUUCUGAAAGUUGGACAUCUCAGUUUCAUUGGUUCAUGCCUGCUGGUCAUCAGAUGUGAUGCUUGUAUGUAAUUCUUUUCUUAGUUGUUUCUUGUUAGCUAUAGAAUACUUGCCAUACAUUUGCUCAAGUAGAGCUGAUUUGUGCUAUUAUGCGAGUUAAGAUUCGAUAAACAUGUUUCAGUAAGUCCUUGUCCUUAAUUUGUCUUUCAUAUUACUAAUAAUACAUUCUGUUUCCAAUUUA